AUGUCCGAGAAUCAGCAGCAGGGCUCACGCACAGCUGCUGUCAGCUGCGAGCACGAUGACUGGAAGGACUUCUCUUGCGUCACAAAAUGGGAGUACUUCAUCAACGACGUGGCGGGAGCGGCGGCAGCAAUAACAACGCAGAGGCGGAGCAACAAGCAGCUCACUUCCUAUGACGGGCGCUCAUAUUGUUUGAGAAGCCUGAUCGCCGGUCCGAACUCCGACAACAGCAACAACAGCAACGACAACAACAGCAAGGCUCGCAUGACAGCAGGAGGAGCUGCAACUGCCGGCGACGAAGGCGACAUCUCGGCGUUUCCGGACCUGGCGAGCUUUUUCGGAGAGGAGGAGUGUUCCCUAGACGCGUGGCUGGCCCCGGAACCGUCAUCAUCAGCAGCGACGAUGUCGAGUCGGGAGGAGGAAGCGGACGAGCGGGAGUUCCUGGAAGACGUGGAGGCGUGGCACCUGCUGCGCAGUUGGUUCGGUUUCGGCGAUCUUUUAUGCCUGCAUGAAGCAGCGACAAAGCCUGCAUCAUCAUCCCGUUCGGGAGACGGCGCCGGGACGGGCUUGAGCUUGGAGCAGCUGCUUUCCACGGGAGUGAUGGCCAUGGAGGACCGGCGGUGCGGAGCGGUGCUGGCGAUGCAGCAGCAGCCGGGGGGCGACGGCAACGGUCGGCGCGGUCGGGGCAGCCGAGACUCGGCAUCGCGGAGAGGGGUGUCGGUCAAGGGGUACGCCACACUCUCCCCCACCGGCCACGCCGACUGGACCCGGAGAGCCGAAACCGUGCGCCUGGAGAGCGAAGCGUCAUCGGUUGUGCCGCGUUCUCGGCUGUCUCUGGAGGCCCUCGGGGAGUUGCUCACGGACAAGGCGUUGUCCGCAUGGGGGAGGAGGGGUUACGGGGGACGCCUGGAAGCCUCGGCUCGGUACACUUGGGAGAGGCGUUUGUUCGACGGGAGGGUGCUGGGGGGCGAAGAUGGAGAAGAUGAUCUUCGGCAGACCGAGUGGAGGGCGGGCUUCUUGCGGGAACGGUCGCACCUGUGCCGGGGGACGAGAGAGUGCGCCGUCCGGACGCUGUUGGCCUCGGCGCGGGGGGAGCACGGCAUCCCCGCCUGGGGGCCAGAGGGGGACCCGCUAGACGGAGUUCGACUGUCGGCGGUGUGGCGGGGGCUCGGCGGAGAUCGACCCCUCCCGCACGCCCCCCUGGAGCUCCUCUGUGACUAUUUGUCCCCCCCCGGUGGGAGCAGCUCGUUGUCGCAGUGGGAAGCCUCUGUGUCCUGGGAGACGACAAGCCUCUCCGCCGGGUCCCUAGGCUUGAAGCUCCGGCUCCUCCUUGCCGUGUACGUGCACUGCCUGGCGCUAGGGGGUGACCUCCUCAUGGCUGACAUCUGCAGUGCCGACGCUGAGGCCGAACUGUCGUCAGCGAGGGAGAGGGCGAGACACAUCGGUGCCGUUCUCGGACCGAGCACGAGGGAGCUUAUCGCAAGGAUGACCACGGCGCCUCGGAGAGGUGACGGAGAGAGCGGCGACGGUACGGACGGCGACGACCGGGCAGACCCGGCGGACAUCGUCCACAGCGCGCGCUACCUCUUAACCCCCCGUCGGUCUAGACCGUCGCGAAGCGCCGAAAAGCACGGGGGCGGCGGAGGGUCGGUGGUGGCAGCGGAGGGGGGCGAGGUUGGGGAUGGUAGUGGUGCGGAAAAGGCUGGCGCUGAGCGAGGGGGCUCUGGUGCCGGUGGCGGUGGUGAAGAGGGGGGGUCCCCGUGGCUGUGGGUGCCGAGGGGGGGGGCGCCGGCCUGCCGCCUGGUGUCGCAGCUUGCCCUAGAGGCAGCGAGGUUCGGGGCGGAGGGGGUCUGCCUUGGGGACGUGGCAGCCUUCUGGAAGUCCUUUGUGCAAGAGCUCAGGUUUCUGUGGGAAGAGAGCGCGUCUGUCCCGCAGAUGGACCCGGAACCGCCGGUGGACGGUCUCAGCAUGUACGACCUGCGCAUCACGGGACAGCGCGCCGGUCUGUCCGAGCGGCUGCGGCGGAACAUCCUCCAGAGGCCGCCCGCAACCCCGGCGGUGACGUCGUCGUCGUUGUCGCCGGGCAUGGUGGCGGCAGUGGAUGCCAUAGACGAUUUCCCUGGUGCUGGUGCUGUUGGUGCUGCUGGUGCUGCUAGCCCGGGUGGGGGUGAUGGUGGUAGUAGCGCUGCGGCUGCUGUGCCGCCGGGGGCGUGUGAUGAGGGAGGAAGAAGAGCAGAGCGGGACGAUGGAGCAGCAGCUCGUGAGCCGUUCGCUGGUGGUGGUGGUGGUGGUGGUGGUGGUGGUGGUGGUGGUGAGAUUCGGUCUCGCCCCACGACAUGGAGGGGGUGGGUGGGAGGAGGAGCUGCGUUGCCGCCACCCCCGCCAGACAUGCGCACCUGUCUGCUGCACCAGAAGCUUCAGAUGCUCAACUGCUGCGUGGCAGAGCAACACCGCGCCCGGGCGCUGGCAAGGCCACCCUCGGCACCCCCUCCCGCCGAAGAUGAACACGAUGGCAGGGACAAGGACACCACCAUCGAUUGUAGCGGAGACGGGGGGGCCGGCGAUUCUUCGCCCCUAGUCCACGAGGACGGUAAGGGUACGGAGGGGGGUAGGGCAGCGGGUCCCGGUUUCAGCGGUCGUGGUCUAGUGGACGACGAGACCGGGCGGUGGGCAGCAGCAGGAACAACAGCAAAGGAAGCUGCGGCUGCGGCGGCUGCAGCAGCAGGCUCGGAGAAGGGUGAAGGGGGGGGGCAUUCAAGGAGCAGCAGCGGCGGCCGCCACGGCGGUGAGGGUUCGGACAACGCCGGUGCACGUCAACGCGAAGCCGGUCGGCUGGACGGCGGCGACUCGUCGGGUAAUUAUGCCGAGGGUUCGGCGGGGAGGAAGCAGGCCGCGUUUGCCGCGGAGCGAGACGCUAUCCUUAGGGUCGGGGGCGCGGUGAAGAAGGUCGGGGGCGCCACGGCUAGGAAAGUGGGGGGUGCCGUUCAGAAGGUCCGCGAUCACCGGGCUAACAGCGCCUCCAAGCAGGAGGCAGAGAUCGAUGAAGAUCUUGCGGACGAAACCAUGCCGGCGGGAGAGGGGGAGGGAGGCGACGUUGUGGCUACGCCGGGUGGCAUAGUAGGUGGCGGUGGGGAUGCUGCUGCCGUUGCCGAGGUGGCGGCUGGUGCUGGUGUCGACAACGGUGGUGACGAUGCCGCCGCUGUUGGUAGGGUAACGUGCUUCACGGGUCAUCGCCUUCUGGCCACGGGAGAGCGGGCGGUGGUGCCGGAGCUAUUGCCUGCGUGCCCCCUCACGUCGGACAUGCUUGAGCAGCAGCGGGAGAUCGCGCGACGUCUCAGGUAG